AAACCAUCCAAGUCCACAGCUUCACACCUCUCUUUCUCUCUCUCUCUCCCCCACCCCUCUUCUCUAAAAACCUCCUCUCUCACACAUCUAAUUUCUCUCGAGAUUAUCACUUUCUUUUAAAAUAAAACAUUUUCUUAACAAACAUCUAGAAAUAAAAUACUUUUAUUUAUUUUCUUUUUCCCCCAAAAGGCCAUAACCAAAUCAGAUUAGAAUUAAGAAAUAAAAUACUAUAUAUGCUUGUGUUACAUUUAUAUACUUUUUGACUGCCCCAAAAUUCUUUCCCUCGGACCAAUUUAAUUUAGGGUUUGUAAAAAUUGUCAAUCUAUUUUUAUUUUUACCCUUAUAAGAUAAAUUAAAAUACUAAUUCUAAUCAAAUUAAAAAUCCUAAACCCACUUUGAUUUUGUUGCUUUCUGAGGAGAUAAAUUAGCCAAACAAGUUCCGUGUUCUUCUAAUCAAAACUCAAAAGUACUGCACACAGAAUUUAUUUCUCUUUUUUUAUUUUUGACCAGACUUUGAAGAAAGUGGGUGGCAAAUUAUUUUUGGGUUUUCUAGGGUUUGUAACACUAACAUUUAUAUUUUCUAAAAGAAAGAUUUUUUGCCUAAUUCUUGAACACAUACAAAGCCACAUCAUAGAACCCAAUAAUAUUUUAAUUCCAGAAUUGCCCUUAUCCUAACCGUGUCUGAACUGUGAUUUUCUCUCUCCUGUUUUAUUUUUUUUACCUUUUUCAAAAAAAAAUCAUCCCAAAUUUGAUCCAUAUUCUUUUUAUUUUUCCUUGUUUAAAGCUUUUGCAAUUUAAAGGGUUAUUUUUUCUGAUAAGGAUUUGCUGAGUUUUCUGGGUAGAUACUCUACUGUUUUGGGUUAGGGUUAGAUCUGACAGUUUCGUGUGUUUUUUCCUGAUAAAUUUUAUUAGUUUUUUUUAUUAUUUUAAAUUUUAAGGGAUUUACUGGGACUGAAGUUUUUGAUUCUGGGUACAUCAAAUUUUGUUUGGAUCUGUCAAAAUCUGGGUUGUGGUCAAUGCAGUGUUUCAGCUUGGCUUGGUCAAACCUGAGAUUCAGAUAGUUAGAUCAAGAUUAUUGGGAAUGCUUAGUGAUUCGAAUCAUUUUUCUGUGAUUAAUUUCUGCAGCUAGUUAUGGGGACAGAGUUUCUUAGAGCUUGUGUGAAAGAAGAGGAUCUUGAUUUUCUAGCAGUUCCACCUGGUUUUGAGUCUUUCUCGUCUUUCAAAUUGAAGAAGGUGGAAAAUGCUGACAGUGAACCCUGCUGCUCAGUUUCUUCAAAUCUUUCUCGUCAAGAACCUAGUCCUGUAAAAUCUGAGGCUGGGCUUGGUGGUGGGGGAAAGAUUUCCAGGUCGUUGAGGCGUAAACCAUCUAUCAAUUAUGGCCGUUACAAUCAAUGUUCUGAUGAAGAAUCUGAUUGUGAGCAGCUUGAUCAGAACUUCCCGACAACGCCUGGCCUUCCAAAAGGGGUCAUCCGUGGCUGCAGUGAGUGUCAAAAUUGCCAAAAGGUUAUUGCAAAUUGGCGUCCUGAAGCUGCUUGUAGGGCUGACCUAGAGGCGGUACCCGUAUUCUAUCCAAGUGAAGAGGAAUUUAGAGAUACAAUAAGGUAUAUAGAGAAGAUACGCCCAAAAGCUGAAGCAUAUGGAAUUUGCCGUAUUAUUCCUCCUUCUACGUGGAAACCUCCUUGCCCUUUAAAAAAGAAGGAUAUAUGGGAAAAGGCCAAAGUUGUGACCCGUGUACAGAGAGUUGAUAAACUGCAGAAUCGUGAUGUCUCGAGAAAACAGUCAAAGGUCCAUAAUCAUGCCAGGAAGAAAAGGAGAAGAUGCUCAAGAAUGGGUGUAGAAUGUGGGACUGGGAAGACCAUGGAUCAAGGGGAAGCUGGAUUUGGUUUUGAACCUGGUCCUGAAUUCACUUUAGAAGAAUUUCAGAGAUAUGCCGAUGCUUUUAAACUCCAGUAUUUUAGGAGUGACAAUUGUACAGAUUCAGGUACUGAAAUGGGCAAAUAUACUGAUAUUUGCGAACCAUCAGUUGAUAAGAUAGAGGGUGAAUACUGGCGAGUUGUUGAGAAGCCUACUGAAGAAAUUGAGGUUCUUUAUGGUGCUGAUCUAGAAACUGGAGUUUUCGGCAGUGGCUUCCCUAAAUCCUCUGAUCAGUGUUGUUCAGCGUCUGAUGAGGAAUAUGUGAAAUCGGGGUGGAAUUUGAACAAUUUACCUAGGCUUGCAGGCUCCAUUCUUUCCUAUGAAAACGCAGAUAUAUCAGGUGUUCAAGUACCGUGGUUGUAUGUGGGAAUGUGCUUUUCCUCGUUUUGCUGGCAUGUUGAAGAUCAUCAUUUGUAUUCGCUGAAUUACAUGCAUUUUGGUGCUCCAAAAAUGUGGUAUGGUGUCCCUGGAAGUGAUGCCAUUAAGCUGGAAGGAGCAAUGAAGAAACAUUUGCCUGAUCUGUUUGAUGAGCAGCCUGACCUCCUCCAUAAGCUGGUUACCCAACUUUCUCCAUCAAUCCUAAAAUCCGCAGGGGUGCCUGUCUACCGCUGUGUGCAGAACCCAGGAGAAUUUGUCUUGACUUUUCCUCGGGCAUAUCAUGCUGGAUUCAAUUGUGGUUUCAACUGUGCGGAGGCAGUGAAUGUAGCUCCUAUUGAUUGGCUUCCUCAUGGACAGAAUGCUGUGGAGCUUUAUCGUGAGCAGCAGCGAAAAACAACUAUUUCUCAUGAUAAAUUGUUGCUUGGGGCAGCUAGAGAAGCGGUAAAAGCUAAUUGGGAACUUAAUUUACUUCGGAAGAAUACCAUGGAGAACCUGAGAUGGAAGGAAGUCUGUGGAAGGGAUGGUAUCUUAGCAAAAUCCCUCAGGGCACGUGUUGACACAGAGAGUGUGAGAAGGGAAUUUCUUUGCAAGUACUCAAAGGCACUGAAGAUGGAAAAUAGUUUUGAUGCUGCCACUGAGAGGGAAUGCAGUAUAUGUUUUUUUGAUCUGCACCUGUCUGCUGCUGGCUGUCGUUGUUCCCCAGAUAGGUUUGCAUGUUUGAAUCAUGCAAAACAAUUAUGCUCUUGUGGUUGGGAUGGGAAAUUUUUCCUGUUUCGCUAUGAUAUUGCAGAACUAAAUCUCUUGGUUGAUGCUCUGGAAGGCAAAUUGAGUGCCAUUUACAGAUGGGCCAGACUUGAUCUUGGACUUGCCUUAAGCUCUUGCAUAUCCAAAGAUAACGGACAAAUUGUGGGGGCUGGUGGUGCAUCUUCAGAACAUCCAGGAGAAAAUAUUGCAUUUAAGUCAAAAAGUAACGACGUCAUUGCAAAAACCCCUAUUUAUUUGGCUUCAAGUGUUGAAAAAGUUUCUUCGGUAGAAAAGGGGAAGUCCCCUGAAGCUGUACUGGCCCUAGAAGCAACGAAGAUCCCGCUGAUUAAAUUGUCCCGCCAUAUUAAGCGAAAAAAUGAUAAGCCACAGAUGAGCAAAGAUGGAGGGGAAUCAUCUGCCGCAUAUAAUGUAAGAGAUACUUCGAGCAAUAAGAGGUCCACUGUACUAGAACCUCAAAUAAAGUCUUCACAUGGGCAAGACGAUCUGAUAUGCCUUAGUGAUGAUGAGGAUGAGCAAUCAAAUGAACCGCAUUCUGAUGCUGGAAAAGGAACAAUGUGUCAGGACAGUCCCAAUGUUCCUGAGAAAGAAGGUUCUGAUCAUAAGUUGAAUCUUUGUGAUCUAGCUAAUGCAGCCUUGGCUGCUGAAGCCAAUUUAAACUUGAUCUCUGAUGGACAUAAAGAUGACUGUAUGUCUUGUUCAACGUCCCCAAAUAUUGAAACUGAUGUAAAAUGUGAAACAGUUGCACUAUCUGAUGAACAUAAUCUAUCCUGUCAUCAAGGCUCUAUAGGUUCUAGUAUUGAGAAAAGGGAUCCAGAUGCCUCCACUCCUGAUAGCUUUCUUCAAAACACAGCUUGUGCUCCAAAUGUGGGAUAUGGGAUUAAAUUUAGGGAUGAAAGUGUUGUACAGAGAGUCCUUGAUGAUACAAGAGCUCUUCCAGGGAGCCCAUCUUGUAGUCAGAGUAGUGUAGACAAACAUCCUCGGCAGAAAGGUCCACGCAUCGCAAAAGUUGUACGGAGAAUCACCUGUAACGUUGAGCUGCUAGAAUUAGGGGUUGUGAUUUCAGGAAAUUUGUGGAGCAGCAGUAGAGCCAUCUUUCCAAAAGGGUUUAAAAGCCGUGUCAGAUAUAUAAACAUCUCAGAUCCCACAAACACGUGCAACUAUAUCUCAGAAAUUCUGGAUGGAGGUCCAAGAGGACCACUUUUCAUGGUUUUCUUAGAGCACUCCCCGAAUGAAGUAUUUGUACACACAUCACCCACGAGAUGCUGGGAAAUGGUUCGUGAAAGAGUUAAUCAGGAGAUCACUAAGCAGCACAAACUAGGAAAAAUGAAACUCAACCCUCUGCAGCCACCUGGCAGCUUGGAUGGACAUGAAAUGUUUGGUUUCACCUCUCCAGCUAUUGUUCAGGUUAUUGAAGCGUCAGACAAAAACCGUGUUUGUGCGGAGUAUUGGAACUCUCGUCCCCUUGCACAGAUUUCACAGUGCUUUCAAACGAGAGGAAACCCUAAUAGUAAGUCGGAAGACACAAAUGUUGGAGGAUCAGACUCUAUUCUCAGGGGACUAUUUAAGAAGGCAACCCCUGAAGAAUUACAUUCACUAAUGCAAAUUUUGGGAAAUGACCAUAAUGUCGUGACUCGCGUUAUAAAUGAGAUGGAAAACCUGUCAAGGUAGUAUAGCCUCCAGUCUCAAGGGGAUAUAUUACAAUUGCAGAUGAACUUUGAGACUGGAGAUCGUCUGCUAGAUUGAUUUGUAAAUUCUUAGUAGGAAAUAUAGUAGUGACAGGAGAAGCUGGAAACUUAUCCUGUGGAUACAACAUUUUUUUUCCUUUCCAGUCUUCUUAGAGGGGGUUUGGUGGAUAAUAACUAGCCUCAUCUUUUUUGUUAACUCACUGCUAGGAUCCCAUUUUAAGUGCAUAGAAUAAUUCUAAUGAGAGAAUCUACUCAAUACAUUAACAGAAAUUUCUUGAUUGGCAUAA